GUGUAAAGUCAUUCAAAAUGGCUGAUCAAUAAAAAGUCACCUUGGAGUUGAACAAUGGCUCUGUCAAAAGCAGAAUUACCAGGUACACCUCAACACUUUUUAGAGUGUGGUAUUGAAGACUGCGAGGGAAACUGUGAAUUUUACUGCAACCUCUGCCACACAAGAUUAUGUAAACAAUGCAGGGAUGAACAUCUGAGAAGUCCAGAAACAAAAAGCCAUGAGGUAGUCCUAUACCAACAACGGAAACAACAACUGCCCACAGAAAAAUGCAAGAUCCACCCCACUAAGGAUAUAGAUCUUCUUUGUGAAGAAUGUCAAAUCCCACUUUGUUCCAAAUGCACUGCCACAUCAGAACAUAGGGGUCAUACAUUCACUGAUCUGGAAUCAAUUUAUACAGAGAAAUUUUCCCAUUGUCAAGGAGAAAUUGCAAAAAUUCAUGAGUAUUUCUUGCCAACAUCUAAAGAUUUACAGAGAGAAAUUAAUGGAGAUACCAAAGAAAUCAAGAAGAUCAUGGACAACAUUAGAACCUCCAUGAAGGCUGAAGCUGAAUCCCUAAAAUGUAUGGUGGACUCAGUGACUUCUGAAAAUAUGGAAGAAGUGAACAAAAUAGAGGAGUCAUUAUUGGAAAAAUUAAAUAACCAAGAUACAACAAUUGAAAAAUACAUUACCUACCUUAAUGACCUGGACAAAAAGUUCCAUGUUUAUUUGUCUUCUUUAAAACCUACAAAACUUUUAACUGCAGAGGAGAUGCAAAUCCAGCCCAUACCAGAAACAACAAAACCACUGAUGCCUGUAUUUACUGCUGGGAGGUACAGCAAAGAUUAUGUAGCCAAAUUCAUGGGGAAAAUAACUUUUCCAAACACAAAAGAAGAGAUGAGAAAAGUACAGCCCCUAAAAUCAAAAAUUCCUGCAUCAUAUCUGAAACCAACAAGAUAUCAAAUAAUGAAAGAGAGCCAACCAACAUCUAGUGUGAAACAAAUACUCUCACUAUCUUCCUCUGUCACUAAGGUCAGAGAGUUAAAAGUACCAGGUGUUGAAACUGUGUGGCAUAUGUCACUAGAUAAGUCAGGCAGACUCUGGGUCAGUCAUAUUGAAGGUAACCUUGUCCAAACUGAUCUACAGGGGAAUCAGCUACAGAAGAUAAAAACUAGUGAUGGAUUUGGUUACCACACAAUGACACAGGAUGGGGAUCUGAUCUUUAUAGACUAUAAGAAGAAAGUCAUCAACAGGAUAACACAGGAUAACAACAUCACUGAAUUCAUUAAAACAGGAGACUGGGCGCCAAUCAGCAUACACUCCUCCCACAUCAAUGGGGACUUACUGGUGGGGAUGGUAAAUAGUGAAGAGGGUAAAGUCACCAGGUACAACAAGACAGGGAAAGAACUACAGAACAUACAGAGGGAUAACAAAGGACAGGGGCUGUAUAGUAAACCAAUCUACAUAACAGAAAACAUCAAUGGAGAUAUCUGUACAUCAGAGUAUGAUAAGGCAGUAGUGGUGGUGAAUAAAUCAGGACAACACAGAUUCUCCUACAAAGGUCAGGGGUCAGUGUUCCGUCCCUAUGGAAUCUGUACUGAUGUCCUUGGUCACAUACUGGUGUGUGAUAGUGACAAUGUUCACCUCCUUGAUCAGGAUGGUCAGUUCUUAUCUUUACUACUUACAUCACCACAAGUAUCUAAUCCAAUUAGUGUAUGUGUUGAUGAUGAGAACAAUCUCUAUGUGGGACAAAGUCGUAACAAUACUGUUAUAGUAAUUAAAUAUCUCCAAUCAAUGAACACAGAAUAGUGUGCUAUUUUUCACUUGAAGUUAGUGUAUCUUUCCUUUAUUCUCUGUAUAAUUGAGGAUAUUUAAUGUUUUAUUUCACAAGUGGGAUAGGAAUUUUA